CCAGAUGACGAUAAAACCGCGGGGUGAAAAACUAUUACAGAAAACACUUGAAAGUAACAGAAGAGGUUAUCGCUGAAGUUGAACAACGUGGCAUUUUGAAAUAUAAUUUAAAAUGUAUGAUUUUGAGUCAUUUCAGUCCUGCGACACAGAUGACCAAAAGCUGGGGAAUGAAUCAGUGAACCAAGCCAUCGUCGAGAAUCCAGUGACUUUUCAUUGUGGACAAUGCAACACCGUGUGGGCUGAUUCCCGAGGGAUCUGUGGAGAAGCAACAUCUAUCAACUCUCUCAUUUGUCUUGAGGUAACCCAAGAUGUGACCAUCAAUAGUGGACGUGAGUGGAGCCUGGAUGGUCUGUUCAGUGCAUGUGUGUACAACACUCUCCAAUGCGCCGGCUGUCUCUGCCUCAUGGGUGUAAUCCUCUACUCGACACCACAGCACCUGACUGCUCUGCGAAACCUCUUUCUCCUCAAGAAAGACAAGAUGUACUGUUAUAUUUUCCGCACUGGCCAAAUGGUGAAAGCCUCUACACUCAACUUUAAUGUAACACCACUAGGAGAACGUGUAAGUGAGCUGAGACAACUGAUCCAGGAAACGGAAAGUCACCUUAGCAAUGUGUCAGCAGUGAUGGAUGACACCCGCACGAAUGAAGCGACCUCAUCUGUCCAGUGGACAAGCUGAUCCUACCUGGGUCGUGUCGCAUAUAGCAAAAUGUUUUAAAACUGAAAAUGUGCGUUUUUCUUAUUGGACAAGUUCCAAGUAUUUUCUUCCCGUUUUGUGCCUAAUGAACACAAAGAGCCUGUUCUGUUUGACAAUCCUCCGUCAACUGCACUUUAUUCUCUAGUUCCAUGUUCUCUGUUUUUGAAGGGCCUUUUUGUAGCCUGGGUACCAAUCUGUUUGUGCCAUCAUGCCAAAAUACAGUUCACAAUAAUUUGACUAAAUGGAGGACAUUCCUAUGUGGUGUUCCACCAAAAAUGGACAAUUGAGUGAAAAUGGGGGUUCCCUCAAAUGUUAAGUAGCUACCUUGUAUUCUGUUAAAUGUGUUUGCCUCAGUUUAUGCUAAAUGGAAAUAUACUUUAUCAAUGUUUACUAAUGUGAAGCUCCACAUAGAUGAGACAUGGCACUGUGUGUGUGUGUUCAGGUAUUAAAACUUAGGUAAACCAAUAAAUGUCUUAAUUUCUAUACUUCUAUGACCAUGUUGCAUCUUUGUAAAACCUUGCACUAUAAUAAAUUUGUUUGCUCUCUCAAUGUCAGUAGGCAUCUCUUGCCCAGGGACUGAGGAUGGGCAUAUCAUUCCUUUUUAAAUCUGUCCAUAGAAGAGCUCAUACAUUGGUAAAGGCUUGGAAUUCAAAAUGAUGAGUCUAUUAAAAGAUAUGAAGAGGAGGCGGCAACUCAGUUUAUUGGCACCAUGUUGCUUUUUUUAUUGCAGAUUCUUCAGUUGAUACAAGACAAGAGGCUGGUUCCAGCAUGUCCAGGGCCUCAGGACUGCAUAGUUAAACCACAGUACACUCAUUUGGUUGGUUACCAGUCGAUCAAUGCAGUCUUUGUGACAUCAUUCAACUCCACGGUGUGAAGUGAUGUCACAUCCUGACUGCAUUCUAGUCCUAUGAUCAACAUUGUACGUCCAAAAGUCAUUUUUGACCAGAACAAGUGGUUACAAUGUGUUGUUCCCUGUAACGUCAACAACAAUCCCUGUCAUUCAAGACACGUCAACGUACUAAUCGCAAACAUUUUCAGUAUCAUGGCUCCAUUGAGCAAUACAAAAUGAAAAGUUUAUUAUUGCAUGCAAUACAAAAUGAAUUACUUUUACUUUAAAUCAUGCAUAAUCUUUCUGUGCAUUCAUAUAUGUACCGAUCCAGACCAUUGCCACAUUACAAAUUGUUUUAAAAACACAGUAUUCAAGACAGGUGGAUGGUAUAGCAAUACAUGCUUUUACAGUGUUCUCCUUGAGGCAUCUAUUGCUUUCAGUUAUUAGGAAAGCUGCAUAAUACACAUGUAUACAUACGUGAUGGUUUGAUCGGGACGACGGUGGAACGAGGUAACAGAAUGGAAAAACGAGGCAUUAAAAUAGGCCACCUUAAAAAUCAAUGGUUCUUACAGAACGCUACUGUAUGAAUCUGAUGCUCUGUCCCAAAUGGGACCCUAUUCUGUAUAAAAGUGCACUACUUUUGACCAGAACCCCCCCCCCCC